GAGCACUGACCGCGAUGAUGAGUGUGGGGCUUCAUCUCCUUGCUCCUCAUCAUCACUCUUCCCCUCCCCGCCAUCUUCUAUUUUUUCCCUCCAUGAAAUCUGGGUUUCAUAGGAUCUUUUUCAGGAGUGGAUCACAUGAGUCUGUCCCCUGUUGAUCCAGGGAUCUGGGAUCGGUUUGGCUGUGAACAGCCGGCGGGGGGGACACACCCAGCAGAAACAUCAAAGCAUUCAUGAAAGUUUAGCUGAGAGAAAAGAGGUAGAGACGUUCCUGCCGUCUGGUGUGAAACACCCAUCUGCCUGAGCAUCUAUGAUGUUCAGAGCAGCUUUGAUCUGUGACACACUUUCCAGCUGAACCCGAGGAGCUGGAAGACAGAGGAGCCGCUCGCCUUUAAAUGACGUAAAUCACUUUUCUGCUUAGCCUUAAUAUGAACAAUUCCAGGAGCCUGUUAGGAUCAAUAAGGAGGUGUGAGUGUGGAGCAUCAGAGAAGCUCCUGCUGAUCACAUCAGGAGCGUGUCUGUGUGGGCGGGGCACCUGCACACAUGACCGCAUGCACUCAUUCACACGCUCAGCAGCGCUGGAUGAGGCUGGAGGAGCGGCCGCUCAGCUCACAGGCAUCUGCUCUUCGUCUCGGUCGCUGGAGGCUGUGUUCAUCCCAGGACCGUGUCGGUGGAGGUUCAGAGGCGCCACGGGAGCGACUGAAUCAGCAGGACGCAGUUCGGCCGCUGGGAUCUGGAAGUGUGCAACAGAUUUUGACUCAUGCCGGAGAGCAGAGGACUCAGGAGGAGGAAAAGCGAUGUAGUGUUUCAGGGGGAGGAGAUAGUGGACCCAGCUUAGAGGAUCCUAGAACUUCUCAAGAUGGGCAACAGCAUCCGCAAGUCGAAGAAGAAAGUCCAAACAGAGCAGAACUCGUCUCCAUCCCUGAGUCUCAGCCUCAAGAGGGGGAGAUCCGGCAGCUUCUGGCUGCUGGAAUGUCCAGACAAGCUGAAAGCAGCUGGCCCGAAGGGAAAUGAAGACCAGAAGAGGCUGGCCGUGCACUACAGAGCCUCUCAGCACUACCAGGAGAAUGUUUUCAUCGAGGCCAGUAGGCCUCAGUACCUGGAAGACCUCCAUUCUGAAGCUCAGGAAGGCCUCAAGAUCCAGCAGCAGCAAGAGAACAGAAAUGGAGCCAACAUUCCUGAUGAUGAAAGCAUUGCUACCUCUGAGACGCUCUGUGUGGAGCAGGACAUCAGUUCUCCAGAGUCCAGAUCCAACACCAGGAGUCCUGACCAGACCUCUGAUGUGCUGGCUCAGCAGACGCUGACUCACAAAGGUUCUACAUUCAAACCUUCAAGUCCAGUGAAAAGAUUAGAUGUCAGCAAGAAGAGAGUCAGGAGGACCACCAUCAUGGGGAUCCCCCAGCAGGUCCAUAAAGAACUAGCUCAGACCAGAGGCUCCACCUUCCAGCCACUUGGUUCAACUCUACUCCCAAGUGAAGGAAACCAGGAUCAAUCGAGUGUGGUGAUCAUCCCAACGGUUGAUGGGGGAACUCCAGCUGCGAAGAAGGAAGGAGCCAGAGUGCACCUUUCAGAGCUGGAGACAUCCAGACAAAAUGAAAGGAUGAGAAGAACUACUGAGGAAGUCCAUCAAGAUGAUCAGCCAAUCAACCACCAAAGCUUUGACUCCCAACUCUGUCGAACAUCCAACUUGAGGCCUAAGUCUGUUGCAGUUCCUGGCAUGCCGUCUUCCUUUUCAAUCUCUCCUUCAAUCUUGAAUUUCCUCCACGAGCCUCAGGGUCCUGUGAUGUCCAUUUCCCCUCAGGCCACUUACUUAUCCACAAUCAUCCCUAAUGCUGUCUUGCCAGCUUCUAUUGAAGUCAUUGAGAUUGACCGCUGCUGCAGCCGGACCUGUGGCAGCAGUGUCAAUCAUGACGGCGGUGUUUGCCCCGUAAGCAAAAACUCUCUGACGUCUGGAGGCCCAUCAGUCAGUCCUACGGUCUCCAGGAGUUCAGAUGGCAAAUGUUCCCAACCCGACACUUCUCAUGACUCCGCACUAUUGCCACUGUCAACAUCAGGGUCCAACUGGAGCGAGUCACAAUCUUCACAGACGAUUACUGCAAAGUCCUCAGGUCUGAGUGGGCAGGAAAACCAGGCUCUGCCCUGUGAGAACCAAGACUUUUCUCAACCCCACAGCCCUGUUGAUGUUGCUGACAGUCCUGGCAGCAAUGGCGGGAGGGCUGCAGAAAUAGGGUCAGAGUGUGGGUCAAAAGAGCCAACAGUUCCAGAAGAACCAGGUAACCCCAAACGUAGCUUCACUCGAAGUCUUUCAAUAAUGAAAACCAAGCAACCACCAGCACCGCCGCGGAGGACAAACUCUCUGCAUCAGAAUAAAAUCAGAAAGAACUCCAGAAUUGUUGUAGACAUAAACAUAAGCAAUACUGCUCCCCCUGAAGUGAAAUCCUCCUCAGACAAUACUGUAACAGAAGACACUGCAAAGACAGAAACUACAGAGAAUGCAGUGAUGCUUCCAACUGCAUCAACCUCUGUUGAUUUCAGUUCUGAAGACUCUUCCUCCACCUCUCUGAAACCCGUUCUAACCUCCUCUAACCAGGCAGGAGAGCCACCGCUAGAAUCCAGCUCCUCCUCCUCACAGAAAACACCUGUAGACGGGGAGAAAUUUGAACGGACAAUGUCCCCAUCCAGUGGUUACUCCAGCCAGAGUGGCACGCCAACCCUUUCCCCCAAAGGAAUCUGCCCCCCCUCCCCAGAAGACCAGAAGAGGAAGCCAACCAAGCCAGAGAGAUCUACGUCUGGAGCAUCAUCUUCAGGAGCCUCCCCGUCUUCCUCGCUCACCUCUUUAUCAUCAGGUACAUCUGAGCUUGUUAAUCCAGAAGCUUCUAUGAACAGUCUGCAUGUGCCUCAGGGAUCAAGUGUUCCUGCAAAAGAACCUGAGUGUACCAACAGUCUAUCAAGCUUUAGAGGAGAUAUCAAAGCACUGUUGAACAUCCCACCACCUCCUAAAGUUAGAGCGCCAAGUGCUCCUCCUCCAGAAACAUGGGCCCACAACAGACACUCUGUAGACCUCCUCUGUGGGCCAGGUCCCAAUGUCAACAGACUAGCCCAGAUACUAGCACCAGAGCAAAAUGCUGAAGAAGCAGAAAGUAUGAGAACGGGACAAGUCAUGCACGAGAAGCAGACAAACACAGAAAAACAUGUGUUGGAAGUAUCUAUGAACGAAGCAAAUCUGGAUUCCUUGUUUGUAAGAAAUCUUCAAGGCGCCAUCGAGGAGCAGGUACGAGGGGAAUGUCCAGGUACAGGAAAAACUGAUGACGACACUCAAGCAGGAAAAGCUUGUAGUCCUGUUCUGAAGGAACCACAAACAUGGAAAGAACCUCCUCCUGUGAUGAAGAAACCUCUGGUCAUGCCGCACAGACAGGAAACAGAGCUGUCGUUUGUGGUGCAUUGUGGGGAAGGAAGCAGCAGUGUCUCGACAGCAUCUUCCCAAAGCCCGGUGACAGCUUCAGCCCAAACCAGAGACAAGGAUAACAAGCCAACAGUUCAAACUCUUUCAGUGGAGCUUCCCAAUAUAAGUAAGACCUCACCACCACCUACCCCGCCUCCACCCUACCACCCUACACCCCCUGCAUUAAGGAAAACACCCCCAUUCGUACCAACAAAAGAAUCACAGGAGCUCCAGGAUGAGUUCUCCGUUGUGGAUUCUUCUUGGCCACCUCCUCCACCUCCUCUUGAAGCCGAGUCUGUCUUUGACGGAGGGGAGGAGGUAGAUUUCCCUCCUCCUCCCCCACCAGUCCUCACAGACGUGGUGGCAGAUGUGCUGGACAGUGUUUUACGACCAGCCGUGACUGACAGCAAACCACAGGCUGCUGUGGAACCUUUACAAUCUGCCAGGGAGGUCUUCUCCCCAUCAGCACGAGACAAUUCAUCUCCGACAGCUGCAGUCUCACCACCACUGCUGGAAUUCCCUCUUGCAUCUCCUAUCACAAAAGCAGGAAGCACAGAGUCAGUCCCCUCAGUGAGUCAUGAGUUAAUGUCUCCAAAAACCGAGAAUCAGACUCCCACUGAUACUCAAGUCAAUUCUCAGCAGUGGGAUGAAUCUGCUGUGUCAGCAGUGCCCCAGCCUCCGACUGACAAUUUAACCCAUGGAGUUAUUUUCAGAAGGCAAUCCAGUGGAGGAUAUAGAGAUACCAGGAGCAAGGAGCUCCUCUCACGCCACAAAAGUAUACCAAUCCCUAAAGAGGACGCCAAUAUACCACUUGUCACUCCCUCCCUGCUGCAGAUGGUUCGCCUCAGAUCUGUCAGUGUGACUGAAGAUCAGGUGCAAGCUCCAUCUGAGGAUAAGUCCACAACUGCAGGGUCUCCCAUUCAGGAGAAAUGUACUGGCCCGCAAAACAUUCCUCAAAAGCCCAUCCGCAAGUCUUUGUCACUGAAAUCUUCCCCUCCAGCUGUUAGUGUUUCCUCCGUGACGGCAAGCUCUCCUUCGACUCGUCUCCAGGAAGCCGUACGGAUGAAAACUGCAGCCAUGUCCUCAAACGACGGCCUUUCCUGCAAAGUCAGAUCACCUCCUUCAUUCUGUGUCAGUGAGAGAAGCAUUCAGGCUCUGAAAUCACCUGAGGGGUGUGACAUGCGCAAGUCCACAGCCUCCACCGCCAGCUUCAUAUUCUCCAAGAGCACAAAAAAAGUCAUCAUAGAGACCUCCACAGAGCCUCAGGCAGUCCUGACGCAGAGCUUGGCAGCGGAGUUCAAGCAGAAGUCCGGCCACCCAAAGGCGUUCCUAAAUGGCAGCAUUAAGGGUGACAAAGUUCCUCCACCAGUAGCCAAGAAACCAGCACACGGCAGCACAAGCCCCUCCCACAUCCCCAACAGCUGUACAGAAAAGGUCCAAAUCAGGGUAGAAGGAAACGGAGGAGCAGGAAGAGUGCUAAGCCCGACUGGAGCAUCACUUCCUGCAACAACAACAAGAGUGACGGCGGACACAAUCGAGACACUGUUCUGAAAGAGAAACAUCAGCAUCCUGGCUCUCAAGAGGAACCUGGAGGACUUCAACCAAGCAAAGGGACACCUGACUGAGAGACACGAGGCCCAGUUUUCUUUCCAGAAGCCUUAGCCUGCAAUGGCCUUUCUAAAGAUUUAUGCAAAAGUGAUCAAACUAUCCCUCUCAGAUUCUACAGAGUAUUUUUCUAAAGCGUAGCUUAUGUCUUGUUAGGGCCCUCAGGGUGGUGUGGAAUGGCUGCAUGUUUGGCUUAAGCGAGAUCGCCUCCUGCAGGUAAAAUAAGGUAGAAGAAAGUGAAUCUCAUGGUCGUUACAGUUCAUCCGUCAUUUAAUGCUGAAUAACUCUGACAGGUAAAUGCAGCUUUAUUGGAUCAUCCUGCUUCCUGUGACGACAUUUCCUGUCAGUCCUGCUUUUCACUGUUAAAACAAAGGGAUGCUGCAUUUGUAAAGCAACAAAUUAUUAAUACUUGACCAAAAAGAAAAAAUCUUGUUAAAGUAGCUCUUAUAACAUCAGAUUCUGAUGAAUGUUUGGAGCAGUUUUCUAUUUAUUAUGUGGCUUCUAUCCCUCCUCUCACUGUGAGUGUGCUGACAGACGCUGACACACUGGAGUGGUUGCUGUGAGGUUUUAAAUCACGUCUAAAACUUUUGACUCCAGCUUUUUCAUGUAAAUCCAGGUCUUACGUGUUUGCACAAAAAUCUUGACUGCAGCUGAAUCCCAGGUGAGUGAAGUAAAGACUUUAUAAUGGAUGGGAAAUCCUUUGAGUUCUGACUAUGUACAGUUAUUUCUAUAAAUAAAAUCUAAGUGUAUUAAA